AUGACUGGCAGAGGCAAAGGUGGCAAGGGCCUUGGCAAGGGUGGCGCGAAGCGUCAUCGCAAGAUCUUGCGCGACAACAUCCAGGGUAUCACCAAGCCCGCUAUCCGCCGUCUCGCCCGUCGUGGUGGUGUCAAGCGUAUCAGCGCCAUGAUCUACGAGGAGACUCGUGGUGUUCUUAAGUCAUUCCUGGAGUCAGUUAUCCGUGACGCUGUCACCUACACUGAGCACGCCAAGCGCAAGACCGUCACCUCUCUCGACGUUGUCUACGCUCUCAAGCGUCAAGGCCGCACCCUGUACGGCUUUGGCGGUUAA